AUGUCCAGACGACGUGGCCGGCGAAGGUUCCGGCGGUCUCGGGCUCGAGCCGCUACUUUCCCCACGUUCCCGGCCUCUGCUGUCCCCGCUGAUCCACAGUACGGACGGCGGCGGCUGCUGACUGCCGUGCCCGCUGAGCCACAGUACGGACGGCGGCGGCUGCUGACAGUAGCUGUGAUCUCGGUGUUGGUCCUGGUGGCUGUGACGACGGUAGUCGCUCUGACUAUCACUGUGCAGUCCUGGCCAGACACCCCUGGAGAUGAGACUCCGGUCAAACUCCCCCCGUACCGAGCCUGGGGAUAUCGCCGAGCGGGAGUCGAUUCCACCGAUCCCGGCAAGACCACAGAGCACGUUCCCGACGACGUGAUCACAACUGAUUCUCCUCCAACCAACGGUCCCACGACUCCUUCCACAGACCAGGUGAAGACCGUCCCAGACCAGACUGACACGCCCGGAUUUGACGACUGGGAUUUCCUGAGUGGAGAGAAGCACUAUGAUGGCAACAUCCCGGUGAGACGCCGCAUUGAGGAAAACGGGCUUGAUCCUUCCGAGGACGUGGAACCACCAGAUGAGACCCCGGCGACUGAGUCUACCGAACCGAAGCUGAAACCGGACGCUUCUGUGGAAACCCAAGCGAAGGGCGACCUGAGAAACACGACGAAUAUGACUGCGGUGGACAAUGUGCUCAUCCUGAGUACUACAGAACUAAACCUGUACCUCAGCUCCGUCAUGAACACAAACAUGACAAGUCGGGAGAGGAGGCACCGCGUGAUCAGGCGGAUCAAACGCGUCCAGACCGUGGCGCUAGUGGUGGUGGGACUGUUAGUGGCCGGCUCGCUGGCACACAACCUCAUGGCACAGAUCACGUAGAGAGAACAGUUCCACAGGAACGUUUGUUGACUGUUAUGUCGACAUGUUCCUGAUGAAGUUAGACUUCGCAGACCAACGAUUCUCUGUUCCUUUUAACAUUACCCAUGCCAACAUGACCUGUGUGUGAAAGGUGUUCAGCACCAAGGACAGGUGUUUAAGUGUGUAGUUUCAUAU